CGCUUGCUUUUUAUUUAAAGCAUAAAUUCCGAGCUAUUUUAAUGUUGACAUAUUUUGUAUGCACUAUUGAAUACUCACUGCUUGCCCCCACCCCACCCCCAACUGUAAAUGUUAUUUAUGAAUUCCAAUCGCUUACGGGCGUGUGAAUGUUUUUUUUUUUUAAAUGGACGACUGGAUGAAUUGCUUGUAGGCGAUGUAUUUUUCAAAGAGAGAUAAUAUCUUUAGAUAUUUGGCACGCUGAUCAUAUUACAUUUUAUGUUCCAGAUAUUGGAAUCGACGAAUGGUCUGUUACAUGUUAUGCUUUUUAAUGGGUCAAUACAUCGGAGACCCAUAGCCGAACACUAGCGCGGCUGACUAGUCGGGAACUGCACAGGCUACAAAUUAGGUUUAUCCUUCAUGAGCAGUAUUUAACCCGUGUGUGCAAGGCCUAAGGUCCGGUGGGCUUCUUGGUCAAGGUGAGCUGACUACAGUGAUGAACAUGCCCCAGUGAGACAGGGCAGGGCAACCUGGCCCAGAGGAGUACUGGAGGUGCCAGAAUAGCUUGGAUACUCACAAUCAGACGGACGAACAGACAGAGGGCCACCCCUCCCCCUAACCCUCCACCUCACCCACCUCCCCUACUCCUCGCAACCAUGCCAUGGUCACACUGAUCGCCGAGCGUCUGCGGGAACAUAUUCUGGACGGCAACACUCACAAAACGGCCCUCAACGUGUCUCUGCUGGACCCCAACCUAGGAAUUUGCUGGCCUGCAGAUGGAUUGAUGCCUGAGAGCAGUUAUUGGCAGUUCAGCCCUCCCUCCAAGCCUGGCCUGCAGGGUGUGCUGAGCUCCAGUUUCCCCCCUGGCCCUGUCCCUUUGGUUUCCCCCGAAACCCACCUCCCAGAGGGGGAAGCCCUGCACCGGCCCCUGGUCCCAAGCACCUCAGUAACGGACCUGUCUUUUCCCGGUGCACCCCCUCCCCCCCCGCCACCCCCCAAACGCCACUGUCGCUCACUGUCCGUGCCAGAGGACCUUUCACGCUGCCGUUACACCUGGCGGCCCAGCGCGUCGAGGGUCUGGACACCUGUGAAUCGCCAAUGCCACAGUGGAGGGGGAGCGGGGGGGCCUUGUCCGCUUCGUGCUCCUAGCUCGUCUCUAAACUCCUCUCUACACUCCUCUUCAAGCCCCACAUUCUUUAGCCUUGCUCUCUCCCCUGACUCCCCACUGCCCUGGAAUUUCCCAUGGGACCCAAGUGACACUGCUGGAGGAGGCGCCUGCUGCUGUUUCUUCCCCUCUCCGUCGUCCUGCUCAUCCUCUCCCUCCCCGCUCCACCCUCCCCCUCCUCCGCAGCGACGCUUCUCACUGUCCCCUGUCCUUAUCAGAGAAGCUGCUGCUCAGUUCCUGCCCCCGCCUCCAGUUCCACCCCAAUGUGCAGCACCCCCUCCAGUUGUGCCUGCUUCGCCCUCCUCUGCCUGCAGCACCCCGUCCUCUCUUCGCCGAGCCAUCCCCCCUCAGCUCCCACGCUGCCACUCCCAGCCCUGCGACCUGCUUCUUCUCAAACCGGGCCUGAAGCGACGGCGUGACCCAGACAGACCAUUUGCCCGGCCAGUACUGGAUUUCACCAAGAUGACUCAGACUCGCAGUACCGACCCCUUGAGUUGUAUGGAGCGUGGGAGGCUGGCUUCUGGGGGGGACGUUUGCAUGGGCCUUGAGCCUUUCUGGGGGGAUUUCAGAGGGUCAUGUUCACCAGCAGAGGGGCUGGGAAGGACGAGCAUUGGACCUCUAAGCGAGAGUGAUGAGGAGGGUGAAGAGGGGGAGGAAGAGGAGGACCCUGAUCGAGAAGAGUGUCAGCCGAGUGUCUUUGAGAGGGAUUGUACAGAACUAGAUUUGAGCCUAAUUGAAGAAAAUUAAAAUCUUGUUAAUUGGAGACUGUUUUUCCCCUCUAGCCCCAGCAUUCAACACUCCACCCCAGCCCUGCUCCGCUUUCAUCAGCAGGGCUCUCAGGAACACGACUUCUCUCUCAUGGGAUGAGCUUGGGUGUAUAUAUAUAAUCUCAUUGACAACAGUCAUGAAUUGCCUACUACCAAUAAGAACAAUUCAUGCAAGUAGCCAUGGAUGCGGUCUUUCCAUCAGAGUACAUUCCAGAACCAGUUGCUGAAACAUUCUUGUGAAUAAUCUGAAUGCUGGAGAUGCCAGCUAUUCCCGUAGUGUGUGUUGAAUGGCUUCUUAAUGCGCCCUCAAACAGACUAGGAUGGAAUGUUAGAAGACCAACAACCUUCUGGUCACUUGCUUUCUUUUACAUGACUUUUACAAUCCUCUUGAUUGUCUUUUUCGGUACAGUAGUAAGAAUAGACUUUCUUGAAUGAUGGUGAUGAAUUGAAUAUCUGUGUUUUGUUAAGUUUGAUGCAGAAGGGCAGUAUGUCAUUGCAGUUUUAUUCCUGCGGUCCUUAUAUUUCCUGGUAAACAAUCCACAUGAUUCAGCAUAAGCCUUAAGAACAACUUUUUUUCUGUAAACAAAAAAAAAAAUACUAUGAAAAUGAAAUGAAUUGUGUAGCAGUUGAUAUUAGUCCUUUUGUUAUUUAUUUUCUGCUGUUUUCUUAAUAUUUCUUAUCUCUAGGACUCGUCCUCUGAAUAUAGAGAUGUAUAGACAUUGAUAAUGAAUGCACUGUGUUUGACAAGUUAAACAAAAACCUGAAAAUGGGAAGCAACCACUGAGGGCACAUUGUAAUAUUGUAUUAUACAGCGAUCAUUUUGUUGAAAACAAGUUAUGUGUAAAGCUGGUAGCUGACAGACCCGGGGAAGGCCAUUGCUGUCUUUUAGAGAUGUUUUUUAUUGUAUGUGUUAAAAAGAUGGUGAUUUCAAACUCCGUUUGUGUAUAAAUAAAGUUUAUUGGAAAUUAUUUUACAAGGAAAGGAAA